GAACCGCCCACAGCACAUCGCGAGAUUUCCAUGGUCCCGUUCCCCAGAUCGUCCUCCCGUGCUGGGGAAGAAGGAAUGGAGACUGCAAAGAUUUAGCAGGGGUGAGGGGAAAAAGCUCGGCAGAUACAGAACAAACCUUUUCUGAAACAGUUUGAAGAUGUCGGCCAUUGCGCCUUCGGAAGACAUGGCCAUGGUGCCCCUGGGGAAGGACACGUCCCCUGCUGCCCAGCUCACCCAAACUCACACCCAGAAGCCGAGUUCAGAGGAUACCGAGGCGACUUUACCCUGGGACCGAGCCCAACAUGACACAGUGGGCGAGAUGCCCGGGGUUUUGGAGACGGACGCCCGGCCGAGCCCUGAAGGGAGCAUGAAGGCAGCCAUGGACCAUCAGGCUUUCCUGAAGCCUCUGGAGGACGAGGAGUGCAGUGGGAUGUCUGCCAUGGCGGCCCACGCCUUCAUCCCCAUCGACCCCCUCUGCAUCGAACGCCGCCCCAGGAGCCACAAGAAGCAGCCAUGGCAGCUGGACGUGCCACUGCAGGAUAGGGCACCGUACCAGGAGGAGAAGGCCGACCCUGAACAGCAGACCUUCCUCGCCCGAGACUCCUCGGCCUGUUCGCACGACCUCCCCGAUCCUGCCGGGGAGCCGUCGCAGACUCAUUGUUGCCGGACAAAAGGUUGCUGCAACUCGGCCAACCUUAAAGCCGUGGCUUCCAUGACUACGGCCCUGAUCAUCUUCCCGGGCUUGGUCUACAGCGCUUACGUCUUCCUGCCCUUCGACAUGCCCGUCAUGGAGAGCAUGAGCGCUCGGCUGGUGUACACGCUGCGCUGCGGGGUGUUUGCCACUUUCCCCAUCAUUUUAGGGAUGAUGGUUUACGGGGUAUCCCGCCUUUGUGCCUCCUCCCUGCAGCCUUUUGAGGAGCUGAGCCGGGAGGUGGAGAUCCAUCGGCAUUUCGUCUCCCAGUCGGUCGACCUCUUCAUUCUUUACUUCUUCAACAUCGCUGUCCUUUCCACCUACCUGUCCCAGGAAGGGCUCAAGCUGAUCCCGCUGCUGACGGGCCUUUUUGCCAUCUCACGGCGGCGCCUCCUCGAUAAAACAAACAUCACGCUGACCAUCGCAAUCAAAGAGGCGCGGGCCACGGAGCUCGCGGAGCUGUCAACCUUGGAGAUGGCCCGCUACCUGCCUCCCGCGCCUACCCUGCCUCCAGUACCUGCUCUACCUGCACCAACCCCUCCACCUCCGCUGCCUUCUUCACCUUCGACUUGCCUCAUUGACGAACUGGUUCCCUUGCCUGACUCGUUCUAUGAAGGCCAAGUCGAUCGCCUGAGGGCCAUUCCUCGGCGCCCUCAGCCUUCUCAAGCCCGCGCUACUGCGGAAUCCGCCACCUGCCUCAGCUGCGGAGGCAACCACGCCCGGGCGUCCUGCCCCUUCAAAACCUCGGUGUGCCGCCGCUGCGGCAAGAAAGGCCACCUGGCACAGGUCUGCCGGGCCACCCUGCCACCUCCAGCUGACCAGCCGCUGCCUGCCUACGGUCCUCCUGUGCCGCCUAGAAAUCAACAGCCCAGACGCCAGCAAGCCCGCCAAGAUGACUGCUACGCCCUAGAGGAAGACCUCCCUGCCACCCCUGCAGUGUCGGUCAGCCAAGCCUCGGCUGGUAUGCGGAAAAUCACCACAACCAUUUCCAUUGAGGGCUCUCCCUGCCCCAUGGAAGUCGACUCGGGCUCCUCCCGAUCCCUUCUGUCCUGGGCCACUUUCUCCCGUCUGUGCCCUCAAGUCCCCAAGUCGCAGGUCUCGCCCGCGGACACUUUGCUCAGGGACUACCAGGGGACUAACAUUCAUACCCUGGGCUGCUAUGGGGUGCGGGUGCAGGUGGAGUUCCUGGGCUUCAUGAUUGAUGUCCAGGGAAUCCACCCCACCCCUUCUAAAAUCUCGGCCAUCAAGAACGCCCCUGUCCCGACCUCCAAGGUGCAGCUGCAAGCGUUCCUCGGCCUUUUAAACUUUUACGCGCCGUUCCUCCCUCACAAGGCGUCACUAGCCGAGCCGCUGCAUCGGUUGCUCGAACAAUCCGUGGCCUGGCAAUGGGGCAGCCGCGAAGCGCAUGCGUUCGCGGCUGUCAAAUCCUUGCUGACGUCAGAGGCAGUCUUAGUCCAGUAUAGCAACAAGAUGCCCCUGACUUUAGCUUGUGACGCCUCUCCUGUGGGCUUGGGGGCGGUCCUCAGCCAUGUUCUGCCCAAUGGCUCAGAGGCCCCCAUUGCUUUUUACUCCCGGACACUAUCCUCAGCCGAGAGGAACUACAGCCAGAUCGACAAGGAGGCUCUGGCUGCUGUGUCCGGGGUUAAAAAGUUCCACAAUUACCUCUACGGUCGGCACUUUACCCUCUACACUGACCAUAAGCCUCUCCUUGGGCUUUUCGCCGGUGAUAGGCCGACCCCCCCCCCAUCCUGUCUCCCAGGAUGA